AAUCACUACUGUAUAAUCUCUGUAAUACUAUACUACUACUUUAUAAAUCGUUAAUUUAUGAUUAUUAUUCUUAAUAAAAUAUAUAAAUCUCCACCAUCAUUAUAACCAUUUACAACUGCUAUUAAUGAUUAUAAUUUAAUUUCUUGUGUAUCUAUAUAUCUCCUCAAAAAUCUAUAUCUAUAUAUAUCACUUGACUUCCUUACCCUUCACACUCACUCACUCACCCCCUUCAUCAUCCAUGGCGCAUGAUAGCAACCUCCCAUGCGACGGAGACGGCCGAUGCAUGAUCUGCAAAAUCAAUCCACCGGAAGAAGAAACCAUCACGUGCAAGACAUGUGUCACCCCGUGGCAUGUCAACUGUCUAUCACUCCAACCCCAAACCCUAGCUGAUGUUUCUCAAUGGGAGUGUCCGGACUGUUGUAAUCUCAUUCCAUCUCACGCGCCGCCGGUUUCCGGAUCUGAACCGCUUAUUGUGGCGAUUCGCGCCAUUGAAUCCGACACGUCACUUUCCGAUCAAGAGAAAGCUAAGAGACGUCAGCAAUUGUUGACUGGAAAAGGCUCUGAUGAUGCCGGAAAAGAGAGCUCCGGCGCCGGUGAUGGUGAUAAUGAUGUUUUGAAGCUUAUUACUGGUAGCUUUAAUUGUUCGUUUUGCAUGCAGUUACCAGAUAGACCUGUUACGACACCCUGUGGCCACAACUUUUGCCUGAAGUGUUUUGAGAAAUGGGUUGGCCAAGGGAAGCGUACUUGUGCCAUAUGUCGAACCACAAUUCCUCCUAAAAUGGCAAGUCAGCCUCGCAUCAAUUCAUCCCUUGUAAUAGCAAUUAGAAUGGCAAAGAUGACCACGUCAAAUGCAUCUUCAGGACCUUCGAAACCUUAUUAUUCGGUUCUAAACCAAAAUAGACCCGACAAAGCAUACACCACUGAGCGGGCAAAAAAGUCUGGAAAGGCUAAUGCAUGCUGUGGAAAGAUAUUUGUGACAGUUCCCCCUGAUCAUUUUGGACCCAUUCUUGCAGAGAAUGACCCAGAGAGAGGGACGGGAGUUCUGGUCGGAGAAACCUGGGAGGAUCGUAUGGAAUGUAGGCAAUGGGGUGCUCAUCUUCCUCAUGUUUCUGGGAUAUCCGGGCAGUCUGAUUAUGGUGCACAAUCUGUGGCUUUAUCGGGAGGAUAUGAAGAUGAUGAGGAUCAUGGAGAGUGGUUUCUCUACACCGGGAGUGGUGGAAGAGACUUGAGUGGAAAUAAAAGGAUCAACAAAACACACUCAUUUGAUCAGAAGUUUGAGAAAUAUAAUGAAGCCUUACGGCUUAGUUGCAGAAAAGGCUACCCAGUACGUGUUGUGAGAUCACACAAAGAAAAACGGUCCGCUUAUGCACCUGAAAAAGGAGUACGGUAUGAUGGGAUUUACAGGAUUGAAAAAUGCUGGAGAAAACCUGGGAUUCAAGGACACAAGGUAUGUCGGUAUUUAUUUGUUCGUUGUGAUAAUGAUCCUGCUCCAUGGACAAGUGAUGAUAAUGGGGAUCGUCCAAGGCCUUUGCCUUCCAUUUCAGAGCUGAAAAGUGCAACAGAUGUAACGGAGAGAAAGGGCACUCCAUCUUGGGAUUAUGAUGAAGAGAAAACAUGUUGGCUAUGGAAAAUACCUGCACCGAGAAGUAGGAAACAUACAAAUAAUAGAGAUCCUGAUGAUGGCAGUGGUACAAGAAAAGCCAGCCGUCGUAAAGCACAAAUGUCUGUGAGUGAACGGCUCCUAAAAGAGUUCUGCUGCCUCAUCUGCCACAAAGUGAUGAAUCUCCCGCUUACUACUCCCUGCGCACACAAUUUCUGUAAGUCAUGCUUGGAAGGUACUUUCAUUGGCCAAACUUAUAUGAAGGAGAGAACAUGUGAAGGUAGACGUGUGUUAAGGGCAAAGAAGAACAUUAUGAAAUGCCCAUCAUGCUCUAACGACAUUUCUGAAUAUUUGCAAAGUCCACAGGUCAAUAGGGAAUUGAUGAGUGUGAUUGAAUCACUUCUCAGUCAGACCAAAGAAAUGGAAGAAGAUACAGUGUUGGGAGAAGAAAUUUUAAACCCAGACGAGAAUGAGAAAAUUGACGAUGUUAACAAAAAUGAAGAUGUAGACAACCCUGACGAGGUAAAUAACAUAGAUUCUAAGGCUGAUGACAGACUAUAUGAUUUGAGAAGAGAAGUUAAGCAUGUUUACAAGCGGAAGAAAGAUUAUGAUGAGAAAUGCUCGCCACCUACAAAUGUAAGAGUGGAAGAGCGAAGCAAGAAAGCUUGCAGGAUUGAUGUUGACAACUUUGAGUGAUUUGAGUUGAUCUUAAGUUUGAUUAUGUUGUGGUCCUUUGAGGAUUUCGAGAAGUAUAGGUUAUUCUAUCAAGGUGAUCUUCUAAUGCUUUUAGGAGCUUGCAAUGCUGUCAAGGCAAUGAACAUAAAAAUAAAUAAAUAAUUAGGGGUUUAUGUAUAUAAAGAUAAAGAACUGUAUAUAUUCAUCUACAGCUUGUGUUUGGGUAAAAUUGUAUCCUACUAGAAAAUUGCUUAUGUUUAUCAGUUUAUGUACAAAUGAGAGAUAAAAUGGUCUUGUAGUUGUUGUU